CAGCGCUACCGGGUCCGAGCUCCCUGACUCCCCGGAAGCCUCCCGCAAAGAGUGGCGAAGCUUGUUCCAAUCAGCGAUCAAUCAGAUUAUCGAUACACCUGAGGGCGUCCACAGGUGUAGGUGAGCCGUGCUGACCUGUGUGGGCGUUGCCAGGGCGAUGGCUCUGAUAGAAGGCGUGGGAGACGAGGUGACCCUGCUGUUCGGCUCCCUGCUGCUGCUGACGGUGCUGCUGCUCGCCUGGAUCUCCACCCGCAUCCGACCCCCGGAACACCUGUUCACCUCCUCCACAGGCCCUGACCCCUCACCGAGGACAGGACACGCCCAGCAGGACACGCCCCCCUCCUCCGCCAGCACCACCUCCUUAUCGUCCUCCUCUCCUCCGUCUUCGGCCUCCGGCUCUGUUAGUGACGGCGCUGCUACGGAGGCUCCGCCCACCGCACAGGAGGAUGAGGCAGAGGGGGCGGAGCCUCUUUCUGCCAGGAACAUGGUGGUCCGCCUGAAGUUCUUGAAUGACACGGAGAGAACGGCUCAGGUCAAACCACAGGACACCAUCGGCUACAUCAAACGGACCUACUUUGCGGGUCAGGAGCAGCAGGUCCGGCUCAUCUAUCAGGGUCAGCUGCUGCAGGACGACGCUCAGACUCUGGCAUCGCUGAACCUCGUCCAUAACUGCGUCCUGCACUGCCACAUCUCACAGCACGCUGGGCGGGGGGCGGCGGGGGGUCCGCGGCCUGCCGACCAGGUGCAGGUGGCACUGAACGUGGGCAGCUUGAUGGUGCCGCUGCUGGUGCUCAUGCUGUCGGUUCUGUGGUACUGUCAGAUCCAGUACCGGCAGUUCUUCACCGCCCCGGCCACCGCCUCGCUGGUCGGAGUCACCAUCUUCCUCAGCCUGGUGGCCUUUGGGGUCUACCGCCGCUAGCUCCUCUCUGAUUGGCUGCUGACCUCCGGCCUGCGGGAGGAAACGGACGCUGGUGAUAGUUAAUGUUUGUUUCUGUUGCCAUGGAGACGGGGAGUGUAAACAAGGACUUUAAUUUUUAUUAUUUUUAGAUCAACUUUAGGUUUCUCAUCAUCAUCGUGCCUGUCUGACCUUCAGAGUCUGUCUGUCUGUGUGUCUGUCUGUCUGUGUGUCUGUCUGUGUGUGUGUCUGUCUGUCUGUGUGUGUGUCUGUGUGUCUGUCUGUCUGUGUGUCUGUCUGUGUGUGUGUCUGUCUGUGUGUGUGUCUGUCUGUGUGUCUGUCUGUCUGUGUGUCUGUCUGUGUGUGUGUCUGUCUGUGUGUGUGUCUGUCUGUCUGUGUGUGUGUCUGUCUGUGUGUGUGUCUGUCUGUGUGUGUGUCUGUCUGUGUGUGUGUCUGUCUGUGUGUGUGUCUGUCUGUGUGUGUGUCUGUCUGUGUGUGUGUCUGUCUGUGUGUCUGUCUGUGUGUGUGUGUGUCUGUCUGUGUGUGUGUCUGUCUGUGUGUCUGUCUGUGUGUCUGUCUGUGUGUCUGUCUGUGUGUGUGUCUGUCUGUGUGUCUGUCUGUGUGUCUGUCUGUCUGUGUGUCUGUCUGUGUGUGUGUCUGUCUGUCUGUGUGUCUGUCUGUGUGUCUGUCUGUCUGUCUGUCUGAAGGGGAGGAAAAUUCAUGAGUUUCAGCUUUUGAGAAUAGAGAAAAUGUAUUAAAUGAUGAACUGAU